UAUUAGUGACAGGUUCGUACUUUUUGAUUUUGUAUCAUUGUAUUUCCGAGUAACGAAAGUUUGGGGCAGAACCAGAGCUGAAUAGCUGCAGAGGAAGUUAUUACAAUUUGCAACUAGCUAGAAGAUACAUCAGCUUUGAAGCCCUUGUGUUUUACCAUUCGAACACCAUGGGGCUUCUAGCUGGGAGAAAUGGCAACUUCUCUUGCAAUGACAAAACUCUUGGAAUAGACGUAGCUUGCUUGAGUGUCAUUAAUAACAUCAACGACAGCGUCAAAUUUUAUGGACAAACAACAGAGUGCUUCUUGUGCAAUGGAGUGCUACGCAGUGUCUUACCUGGGAACAGCAACACAACACUGUCAGUGGACACAAAGCAUCCGUAUCAUGUUUACUAUGUGCAGGAUGGUCUUCAAUUCUGCCAUACCACUUUUAAAUUCGAGGAGCAUGGACAUUACGAAAUGAACUUGACGGAUCAUAGCUGCUCAGAAAUUUAUACCACAUAUCAACCACCAAAUGCAUAUAUGCCAAUUUUGGCAGCAUUCAUGCUCAUAUUUUUCCUCUCGGCAACGUGGGUACUCGGAGCAUAUGUCGCUCGCUCUGGCAUAAUGACCAGAUUUUUAAGGAGAGAUGUGCCCGAAGUUCAGAGUGAUCUGGGAAGACUGCAAGAAAACGAAUCUUUACCUAGGCCUAUAGAGAGGGUGACUAGAUCUAGCACUAGAGCAAAAUUUCUGGACACCUUUCGUGGAAUUGCGAUUCUAUUGAUGAUAUUCGUCAACAACGGUGGGGGUAAAUACUGGUUUUUCAAUCAUAGCCCAUGGAAUGGAAUAACGCUAGCAGACUUGGUGUUGCCAUUCUUUGCAUGGAUCAUGGGAUUCACCAUAAUAAUUUCACUGCGUACCCAACUUAGGAUAUCCAUAUCCCGAAGCAGGAUUAUUUUACGUUGUUUUCGUCGAUCUGUUACUUUGAUUUUUCUUGGCCUGGUUAUAAACUCACUAAGUAGAACAACUGAGAAUUAUGGGAUUCUAAAACUCAGCGAUCUUAGAUUUCCAGGAAUCUUACAAUUAUUGGGAGUAUCAUAUUUUAUUUGCGCGACACUUGAAGCUAUAUUCACCAAGGCGCAACGAACUUUUCAGUAUGAUCGACUAAAAUUCCUCCAAGACAUUUUGGAUGCUUGGGCGCAGUGGUUGGUUAUUAUUGCUAUUGCAACAACACACUUGCUCCUGACGUUCCUUCUACCAGUUCCUGGUUGUCCAAAGGGAUACUUAGGACCAGGUGGACUUUAUGAACGUGAAGCACAUGCUAAUUGUACUGCAGGAGCAGCUGGUUAUAUCGACAGAACUGUUUUCGGUAACCAUAUAUAUAUGAAGAAGAAGUCCGGAGUUUAUGGAACACACCCACCCUACGACCCUGAAGGAAUUAUGAGCACCAUUUCAGCCGUAUUACUGGUUUAUAUGGGUGUUCAAGCCGGUAGAAUUAUGCUAACAUAUCACCAAGCAAAAUCCCGAGUGAUUCGUUGGCUUUUGUGGUCUGUGGUUACGGGUAUUUUGGCUGGUAUUUUAUGCAACUUCAGCAAAGAAGAUGGCGUUAUUCCUGUUAAUAAAUCGAUGAUGUCGUUGUCUUAUGUGCUCGCAACAUCUAGUAUGGCAUUUGCCAUGAAUACAAUUCUCUAUGUUCUGAUUGAUCUUCAACAUUGGUGGAAUGGAGCUCCAUUCUUUUAUGCAGGUACAAAUGCUAUAUUCUUGUAUAUGGGGCAUUACUUCACAAUGGGAGUAUUUCCAUGGACCUGGACGAUUAAUGGAGUUAGAACGCAUGCUAAUGUAUUAUCACUAAACUUGUGGACCACGGCACUUUGGGCCAUUAUUGCUUAUGUGCUUCACAAGAAAGAAAUCAUUCUCACAGUAUAGACAACUCAGAAUUCGAAACCAUCAGUCAAAUAAUUAAGUGGAAUGAAGAAAUUGAUAAUCUAAUUUUGAGCCUUUCGUUUUGGGCAAUAUACACCCACUGUUUCUACCAGCCCACACAAAUGAUUUACUUUAGCGACUCGUUCCAAUCAGUAAGAUUUAAUUCUUGACGGAAAAGUGUUUCAGUUAUCAAACGACCAUGUUCGUCAGAUUCAUUCAAACUGGUUUGACUGAUAUUUUGGCAUUUUUAUCAGGAUAAGCGUGGAGUCGGUCGCAGAGACUGGCGGUGAACUUUUUAUUUGGCCAGCGUCGGCCCAGGACGCCGUCUAAACGGAAAGCACAGAAAAGUCGGUUCCACGCUUAACGUGAUAAUGAACGAUACUUAUGUUAGAUGUCAUUAUUAUUUUACCAAUUUAGACAAAUCCCCUUUAGUUUGGGCAAAUGCUUGUUAUUGGUCGUGGUUUGAGUAAAAUAUAACAUAUCUAAUUUUAUCUUAUUCUCCAACACUAUUUACGUAUUCAUACGUAUGCAUAUGCUUGUGGCGGAUUUUCAUUUUUGUUGGAGAUAUUUUUUCAACCAAAUCGUUGAAAUGAGACUUUGCAGCUAAUAAGUACUAUUGAUCUUUCAGUAACAGAAAUAUAAAGAGAAUAGAAUAAGAAUUGGGAGCAACUGGAUUGAUAUUAAGAUAUAGCUUAUAUUUACGCAUUCGCUUUGUGAUACAGAAUAUGGCUGAAAAUAUUAGUUUGUAAUAAUUUCAUAACAAUAUAGAUCUCAACACUGAUGAGGUCUAACAUGAUUUCUACCCAGGACAUAUUGAACUAAUAAUAAACGUUACAUACAUA